AUGAGGAGCAUAAUCACCAAAGGCAACAGAAUAAAACCAAUUACCAAAGCAACUAUCCCAAAAAGCAUUAGAGAUAUCGAUAUCCCGCUAAAGAGCAAACCAAAAGCCACAGGCGAAAUUUCUGAAAAUCGACAUAGUCCCGUCGGAGGACCCGAAGAGGGUGUCGGCGAGGCCAGGGGACCCAGAGAGGCCGAUGCCAAGGGAGAGGGCGGAGCCGCGAACGGUGGUGGGAGAGAAGGUGACGCCUGGCAAAAGAGGUGCAGGGGUCGACGGGCGGCAGAGGAGAAGUUCCAGAUGGAGAAGAUGUGGGCGACGGAAGAGAUCUCGAUGACGGAGGAAAUAGAGAAAUCGAAACCAAAGGAAAUGCCUGGAAAAGAUGCUCCCAAGGAGGACAAGCACUAG